GUGCUUUCACUUUUUUUUAGUUCAUUGGAAGUGAGUCAUAAAUGAAACCAUCAUGAGAUCAAAUAAAGGACUCAUGAUUAUCAUUUUCAUGUUGGGAUGUACCUUUUUUAUUACUUUGACAACUCAUGGAUGGGAUUUUUACCAGCAAAAUAUAGCACUGAGGUCUACAAAACAACAAGACUUAAGAAAGGAUCUUCUGAGAAAAUACUGUGCUGGUGUGAACCAAAGUUUGGAUGAUUUAAAGCACACAGACUUGAAAAAUUUUAUUGUGGAUGACAAACACGGAAUCAUCUACUGUUAUAUUCCUAAGGUGGCAUGUACCAACUGGAAGAGGACCUUGAUCGCUUUAAACUUUAGUGAACCAUAUCCUGACCCUACGUCCUUUGAGCAUAACUGGGUUCACGAUUUUGAGAGGUUCAAGCUCUUAAAAGACUUUCCAAAGGCUGAAAGAAAGGCAAAACUAAAGCACUACACCAAGUUCCUGUUUGUCCGUGAUCCAUUUGUGCGCCUCAUCUCUGCCUACAGAGACAAGAUGCUGAAUUAUAACCAGUAUUUUUAUGAAGGCUAUGUGAGAGUGAUUUUGCAACGUUAUAAAAAACAGACUAAAAUGACUUAUAAUCACAAGGUAGCCAAGAAAGAAGGUCUCCAGCCUUCAUUCUAUAACUUCAUUCAGUACAUACUGGACCCACGAACCGAGACAAAAGAACCAUUUGAGCCCCACUGGAGGCAGAUGUAUCGCCUGUGUCACCCCUGCCUCAUUGAAUAUGACUUUGUUGGCCAUCAAGAGAGUCUUCAAGAAGAUGCUCAGGAGCUGCUGAAGAUGUUAAAACUGGAAGAUGAUAUUAAGUUUCCUCCUUCAUAUGAAAAUAUGACUUCUGGUAAUUCUGUUAUGGACUGGUAUCAAAGUGUACCACUGGAAGACAGGAGGAUGCUGUACAGAAUCUAUGAAGAAGACUUUUUACUCUUUGGCUACAGAAGGCCAACCGAACUGCUGGAUGACUGAGCUGAUGUCAGAACAUUUACGGUGCUCAGUCACUUUAAUAUUUAAACUGCCUCCAAGUAUUUGGCUAGUGACACUUAAAUCUUUUAUAGUUUAUUUUAUAGGCAUCCUAAUUCACUAGCUGUUCAGGAAAGCCUGUUAAAAAGUCCCUGAUCGGUUUUUCGACGGUUAAAAAAAACACCAAUGUACACAGAAGGUACACAGCAAGGAUACCAUACAGAUUCCCAUCAUUUAAGCUGGACCUUCUCUUGCACCUCCUAAUGGUAAAAUGGCGUAUACUUAUAUAGCACCUUUCUUCCUACAAGGACAAAGCGCUAUACC